GAAGUUCUCCACCGGAGGAAAUAUAUCGUGGGACCGUUUAGGGAUCGACGUUGACGUGGUGAUUGGUCAUAUUGAAAACUACAUAGUUAGUGUCAACAACAUUGUGAUUAGGCCACAUCACGGCUGCUUUAUACGUCAACAAGUUUCAUUUUAUGUAGCGUAAACAGUGUUUUCGGUUGUUUUGACGGUGAUCCAACGGUGUGCUGCUGAUUUGUCUUGUAGAUCGUAUCUGCUGUGACAGACUGACCAGGACUCAUACGGCGGCAGCAUGAAGCUCUACAGCAUCAGCAUCCACCACAAAGGAGCGACCAAAGCUAACCUCCUCAAAUCGGCCUACGACCUGUCCUCCUUUAGCUUCUUUCAGCGCUCCAGUGUUCAGGAGUUCAUGACCUUCACCAGUGCCUUGAUUGUUGAACGGACAUCACAAGGAAGUCGUGCCUCCGUCAAAGAGCAAGAGUACCUGUGCCAUGUGUAUGUAAGAAAUGACAACCUGAGUGCUGUGGUCAUCGCAGAUACUGAAUACCCACAGAGAGUCUGUUUCACAUUGCUAGACAAGGUAUUAGAAGAAUUCUCCAGACAAGUGAACAGUAUAGACUGGCCCUCUGGUAAUCCUGACACCAUCAACUACAAAGCCUUGGAUAUUCACCUUUCUAAAUACCAGAACCCCAGGGAAGCAGAUGCAAUGACCAAAGUGCAGGCAGAGCUGGAUGAGACAAAAAUCAUUUUGCACAACACCAUGGAAAGUCUUUUGGAGAGAGGAGAGAAGUUGGAUGAUCUUGUGGCAAAGUCGGAGCACCUGGGAAACCAGUCCAAAGCCUUUUACAAGACUGCACGGAAACAGAACUCCUGCUGUGAAAUCAUGUGAUGCCGCUGCCUCGUCCUCGAGGACACGCCUCUCUCUGCCUUUCUGAUUUUCCUACAACUCCCAUCACCCACCAGCCACCAGCUCUCAACACAAAGGACAGAAAGGACGCUUUAAUCCGGGUCAAGAGGUUGGGAUAACAGCAUGAAAAGGUGGAAAUGUGACCUGUCCAUACUGAGACUGAUGGGGGCUGAAGUGAUGGGGUUUGGUCGGGGGAAUAAGUAACAUUUGAUUAUUUUUUUUUUACCUCUCACAGGGUAAACAUCUGUGUGGUGUUUCAAUACCAGCUGCAGACAUAAUAGUGUGACGUUGUGUAUCGGUGAUGUAUUGUAUAAACGUCCUCAAACCAUUUAAUGUUAUCAGAUUGAAACAAAUCCUCAUAGUUUGAUUUCAAUUAUUCCAAUUCUUAACCACAAUUGUGCUUCUGGUUCAAGACAACUCUGACAAUCACAAAGUCUUAUGUAGUGAUUUCAAAAGAUGCGUCACUGUUCCAAAACUCUUGUUUUUUCUUGCAGGCAUAACCUUUGUUGCCCACUAGGUGGCCCUGUUUAUUUUUCUUUUAUUCCUCCAAUGACCCUCAGUAUCUAGGUAAAUGUAUAAACUCUAAUGUGAGCCAGGACGGCAGGUGGCUGCUUGGAUGUGUGAUAUCAGAAUCUCACAGAAUUUUACAAUGAUUUUGAAAAUGUAUUAGACUGGAUUAAGUUACAGGACUUCUUUGAUUUUCCUCUGUCUCAUAGUGUUAAAUUAAACUUUAAACAUUCCCACUUUGGGUGAGUGCAUAAUGUAUGAUGGUGCAUCUUAAAGCUGUUAAGAUCAUAGAUGCAGCCUUAAUGCAGUGUGGCUAACAUUUAACCCCCUGUGUUAAAUCUGUUCUCGUUCUACUUAACAUACUGUAGCCAUGCUUUUCACUCCGCCAACUCAACACUUUUUUUUAGAGUUCAAGAGCCCACUUAGACCUCUGCAAACAGGGGUUGUCUGUUGCUCUCAAAACCUUGAUUAUUUUACCAUCAUUUAUUGUGAUUCUGAGAAACCUCGACUGCUGCUGCACUCUCUGGCUUCUUAUUGUGGGUUGAACGUCUGAAAAAUUUGAGGAUUUCUCACCUCUUAUUUUAACACACUCCACGGCUGAUUUUCUUAUUAUUUUCUGACAGCACUGCUUACUUUGUUUGCAGAAAUGUCUUUCUUCAGGAACUGCUGAUCAGUUUAGAUAGCGAUAGAGAUGCCUUGGCUUGUGUGUUUUUAGAUGUUUCUCUGCUCCUUCAGCUGUGUGUAUAGGAUUUGUUGACAUACAACAUAUGCAGGCUGCAUUGGUGUCGAGUGCGUGUGUGUGAGGACUGGUGUGUAUGUGUGUGUGAUCUGAAUUGAUCUUUCUGCUUUUACAGUGUAAAUUUUUGUGCAAUAUCUCUGCAGACUGUUGGUGUAUUUCUCUUAGAGUGGAGAUGAUAAAUUCAAAUCAUUUCUCAUAAAGGAAAGUGAAUUGACCUUUGAAUUGGCUUUGUCCUUAUCACUAACUCCCAGGUGAAGCGUGUCGAGGGGUGUUCCUGAUAUUUGUUGAAUUGCUUUCUUUUCAAAGUGUCCAAUUCAUGUGCUAAAUUUGAAAAUCUGUGUGUAACAGUCCGCAUUAAAUGUUUUGAUUCUGAUGUGGUCUGCGAAAUUAAAACCAAGACUUCAGAUAAUAAA